AUAAAGAAUUUCCAAUUCCCACACAUUCGGGUUUGCGCUGGUCCACAAAUCACUCGUUGCGUUUCAUUGCAGCUUCUCUCGCAGCUUUUAUCUACUUCGCUUCUGAUAACAAUACAUACAAAAAUGGCUGCACAGAGCUCAUCGUUUAAGAUUAUACUGGGCUCUUCUUCGAUGGCUCGAAGGAAGAUUCUUGGUGACAUGGGUUAUGAAUUCACUAUCAUGACUGCAGAUAUAGAUGAGAAAGCUAUUAGGAUGGAUAAGCCUGAGGAUUUGGUUGUGACUAUAGCUGAGGCGAAGGCAGAUGCUAUCAUAGCAAGGCUAAAGACUAUGGAUCAAUCCGUGGAGGAUGCAAGCUCCAAAGAGCCCACAUUGUUGAUCACUGCAGACACAGUGGUGGUGUAUGAAGGGACAAUCAGAGAAAAACCAUCAGACAAGAAAGAAGCUCGCCAUUUUAUUAAAGGAUAUUCUGGUGGCCAAGCCUCAGUAGUUGGAUCUGUUGUAGUGAGCAACCUUACUACUGGGAAAAGAACGAGAGGAUGGGAUAGGGCCGAGGUCUAUUUUCAUGAAAUACCUGAUGAAGUUAUUGAUAGCCUGGUCGAGGAGGAAAUUAUGCUCAAAGUUGCUGGUGGUUUGACAAUUGAACAUCCACUGACUCUACCCCAUAUUGACACACUGGUAGGUACUUACGACAGUGUUAUGGGACUCUCAAAAUCUCUCGCAGAAAAGCUCAUACAAGAAGCCCUUUAGAACUUGUAUUAUAGGCUCACAUUCCAUGCACACGGCAAUUUUGUAGGCUAGAGCCAGAAUUUUACCAAGCUCUCAAAGUCUUGAUUGUUUAUCAUUUGCAGUGUGCACAUUUAUAGUAUGGUAGGUUUUUAUCCCCCCAUUUUGGCAGUCUUUUUGGUAAACUCCAACAUAUUGUACAUGGUGACAUAGUCAAUCAUGUUCACAGAAACAGUGGAGCAGUAGUUGUCUUUGAGUAUAUCUUUUGGCAUGUAA